AUGUGGACAACAAAUGAAUUUAUUGUAUUUCAAAGAAAUAUUUUCAGUGUUUUAAUGCCAGUUAUUAUUGUUGCUGGUACUUUAGGAUCUAUUCUAAAUAUAAUCGUAUUUUCGAUUAGUAAAAAACUUCGAUCAAGUCCAUGUUCACUUUAUUUUAUAUUUGCUUCAAUUGGAUAUGUUAUUUAUUUAAAUAUUGUUGCAUUACUAAGAUAUCUUCAAAUUAGUUUUAAUAUUGAUCCAUCUGUACAAUGGUCAUGGUUUUGUAAAUUAAGAUAUUAUGCUAUUGGAUUUUUAUUAAUGUUACCUCGGUCAUAUAUGUUAUUAGCUGCUAUUGAUAGAUAUUUAAUGAGUAAGUCAGGCCAACAUCGUUUAUCAUCGUAUCCAGUAGCUUUAAAAAUGAUUUUGUUAACAUUUUUCUUUUGGAUGAUUAUGUGUGUUCAUUUAAUAAUUUAUUUUGAUAUACAAAUUUCAUCAAAUGGAACAAAUCGUAUUUGUAUGAAUUCCCCCGGAUCAUAUUCAACAUUUCUUAGUUUUUAUUCUUUAUUAAUCAAUGGUCUUUCUAUGCCUUUAUUAAUGACAAUAUUUGGUUUAUUAACACUACGAAACACUCAACAACAUCGGAAUCAAAUUCAUAAUACUAUGACUCUUAUUUUACGAAGAAGAAAAAAACAAGAAUGGUUAAUACUUCGAAUGCUUCUUAUACAAAUAAUUGUUAAUGUUAUUUUAUCAUUACCAGUAACUAUUUAUUUAUUUUACGCUGGUUUAACACAAUAUUAUAAAAAAUCAAUGUUUAGAAUUUUCAUGGAAAAUUAUGUUUAUAAUAUGUUUACUCUUUUGCAAUAUAUAAACGCAGCUGCAUCAUUCUACGUUUACUCUUUGACUUCUCGUACAUUUCGAAAGGAAUUAUAUUGUCUUAUUGUUUAUUAUUCAUCAAAAUUAAAACAAUAUAUGAUAGAUCGUCCAGCAGCAUUACUUACUCGAUUAAGUCAUAAUAUUGCCUCUUAA